ACCAAUGUAUAAUGUGGCUUCCUUUUCACCACACACAUUCUAUAAAAUCAUCCCCUCUUCCUCAAUUUUCACUCCCCUUAACCGAAUCUUCUAGACUGACCAAUAAUCUUUCGUCGUCGUCGUCGUCGCCGCUGCGGUGAUCUCCGUGUGGUUGCUGGGAUUUUGCAUUCUCUGGAACGAGGAAACAAUGGUUGAUUACUGCGCCUUUGGCUGGAUCUUGGCCGCCGUCCUCGGCCUUGCAAUUGCACUCUCUUUCUUCGUCUCUCCUAGGAGGAAUCGUCGAGGAGGAGCCGAUUCCACGCCGAGAAGCGAGGGUGUCAGAAGCUCUUCAACUACCAACGGAGAAUGCAGAUCCGUCGACGGCGACGCCGACGUUAUCAUCGUCGGAGCAGGUGUUGCCGGUUCCGCUCUUGCUCACACUCUCGGCAAGGAUGGUCGUCUAGUUCACGUGAUUGAAAGAGACUUGACAGAGCCUGAUAGAAUCGUCGGUGAAUUAUUGCAGCCUGGGGGCUACCUCAAAUUGAUUGAGUUAGGACUGCAAGAUUGUGUUGAGGAAAUUGAUGCACAGAAGGUGUAUGGCUAUGCCCUUUUCAAGGAUGGAAAGAACACUCAACUUUCUUACCCAUUGGAAAAAUUUCAGUCUGAUGUAUCUGGAAGAAGCUUCCACAAUGGACGCUUCAUACAGAGAAUGAGGGAGAAGGCUGCUUCCCUUCCCAAUGUAAGAUUGGAGCAAGGAACAGUUACUUCGUUGCUUGAAGAAAAGGGAACGAUCAAAGGUGUGCAGUAUAAGUCUAAAAAUGGUGAAGAAAAAACAGCGUAUGCACCUCUGACAAUUGUUUGUGAUGGGUGCUUCUCAAAUUUGCGCCGCUCUCUUUGCAAGCCUAUGGUUGAUGUUCCAUCUUGUUUUGUGGGAUUGGUUCUGGAGAAUUGCCAACUUCCUUUUGCAAAUCAUGGACAUGUUGUUCUCGGAGAUCCUUCUCCUAUUUUGUUCUAUCCCAUCAGUAGCACCGAGAUCCGUUGUCUGGUUGAUGUUCCUGGUCAGAAGAUUCCUUCUAUAUCAAAUGGUGAAAUGGAAAAGUAUUUGAAGACCAUAGUAGCUCCUCAGGUUCCUCCGCAAAUCCAUGAUGCCUUUAUAGCUGCUAUUGACAAGGGUAAUAUAAGGACAAUGCCAAAUAGAAGCAUGCCUGCUGCUCCCCAACCGACGCCCGGUGCCUUACUAAUGGGUGAUGCAUUCAACAUGCGCCACCCCCUCACCGGUGGAGGAAUGACAGUUGCUUUGUCUGAUAUUGUUGUGCUCAGGAACCUUCUCAAGCCACUGAAGGACUUGAAUGAUGCACCAACUCUCUGCAAGUAUCUAGAAUCCUUUUACACUCUGCGAAAGCCAGUGGCUUCUACAAUCAACACAUUGGCAGGGGCAUUAUACAAGGUCUUUUGUGCAUCGCCUGAUCAAGCCAGGAAGGAAAUGAGACAAGCUUGCUUUGAUUAUUUGAGCCUUGGAGGAAUAUUCUCAAAUGGACCCGUGUCCUUGCUCUCGGGAUUGAAUCCUCGCCCAUUAAGUCUGGUUCUCCAUUUCUUUGCAGUGGCAAUAUACGGAGUUGGUCGCUUACUGCUUCCAUUUCCUUCUCCAAAAGGCAUCUGGAUUGGAGCAAGAUUGGUCUAUAGCGCAUCAGGAAUCAUAUUUCCGAUUAUCAAGGCGGAAGGAGUUAGACAGAUGUUCUUCCCUGCUACUGUUCCUGCUUAUUACAGAAGCCCACCAGUUCAUAAAAGCAUAGCAUGAAGUGAUGGUGAUACACAAAGGAUCGAACUGGGCAUUUGUUUGUAUCUACCUGAGGAGGAAGAAGAGGCAUCCUCAGGCUGUCGGGCAUUGCAGGGAAGACAAAUCACUUUUACGUUUGUUAGAUUUUCAUUUUAAUUGUGGAUUAAUAAACCUGUCUAUUUUUGAACAGGAGCCAGGAAUAUGUAAAUGUUCUUAACUCGUUCUAGAAACCCCAACAUUAAUGUAUUUUCAAACAACUUCGGAACUUUCAACAUAGUAAUACCUAAAACAAUCAAUUUAGUACUCACCAUUACCUUG